AAUUUUCAGUUCCGAAACUUUUUCGAGGGUCUCUUCUGCCCAGCGUACUGGAAAAGUAAUAUCCCAGAGAAACGUAUAUCACAAAUAAUUAAUUACUACUUUUGAUUAUUCAAUUGUGAUCUCGAGUCUCAGAUUUUUUGGUUUUCGAUUCACCUCGGAAGAAUGAUGUGACCGGCCUUGUGGGAUUCUAUCAGUUGCCUAUAAAUCCUAUGAAAUUCCAGUUUCAUAUUAUGCAUUUGCAAUGGAGGCAAAUGAAGCUGACAUUGAGGGUAGUGUUGUUCCAGUAACAAAUACCCUCGGGGCAUUGGAGAAGGAGAUUGCUGAUCCUAUUGUUUACCAGCUUGUCCGGGUCGAUGGUGACGGGAGAUUAGUCCCUGCAACACAGGAUGAAAUUAUGGUGGUUGAGGACUUGCUUGAAGACGAUAAGUGUGAACUCAAGCUUGUUCCGGAUACGAGACAAACUACAGAAUCCUGCAAAACUGAAGGAUGUCUUAUGGAGAGAAAUCCAUUUCAAGCUCCAGAAGAAAAGUCCAAUGCGUCAGUCGACAAAGUGCCUGACUUGGAAAAAAUAGGAGCUCCUGAAAAGGAGACUGUUCAUGGAUCGGCCCCUUGCUCGGAGCUCAGCAACAUUGACCUAUCUGGGAGGACUGAAAUAAGCAUCAAUUCCGAAGAUGCAUUAAAUGAGGAUACACCAUCAACUUCUGCUAGUUCUAGUUGGAAGCCAGACUUUUCGAAGUUGGAGGGGAAGAUAUGCUUAGACAAUCUAACAGUUAAAGAGCUUCAAGAAACUUUUAAAGCAACUUUUGGAAGGGAAACCUCUGUCAAGGACAAACAGUGGCUUAAGAGGAGGAUUACUAUGGGGCUGACUAAUUCGUGUGAUUUUUCAUGCACCACUUUCAUAAUAAGAGAUAAUUUAGUGGUGAGGAAAGGUGAAGAACAAAUCAGUCAUCCUGUAAAGGUCAGAAUUUCUGCAGAUCCUGAAGUUGGAGUGGCAAAUUCUGACUCUGGAGGGUCAUUAGGUGACCAUGACAACAGAGUAAAUGAUGAUGCUAAUUUUUCUGGCACAGAUGUUCCCAGCUCAGCAUUUGAAAGUUGUAAUGUUAUUAAGGAUAUGUACGCAGAGCAGGGAACAGCCAAAAGAGUUCGCAAACCGACAAAAAGAUAUAUUGAAGAACUUUCAGAAAUAGAAGAAACUAGUGAGAAGUUACCAUCUUCAGAUAAAGUCUCCAGAUACAGAUUUCCAUGUACAGAAUCUCUUAUGAGGCCCACCGCAAAUGUUAGGUCAAACGCGAGACCUCUCUUCACCAGGCAAGAUUCUUUAGGAGGUUCCGGUGUUCAGAUUCCAUUUGUUUCUCGGAUUCGAAGGAGCCGUCCACGUGAGAACUUCACAUCUCUUUUGAAACUUCAGCCCAGUGAUAUGGACAUGGCAACCAGACAAGUAAGAAGUGUUUUUGAUGUAUCUGGGCCACAAGAAGAUGAUAAGAGAAAUAAUGACCUGAUCAAGACCAGCUCAACUCCUGGGUUGACUAAACAGCCUCUUAUUGCUGCUUGUGAGAAAGACGAGCAUUACAGUGGCAUGAGAAUUGUUGAGCUAGAGAAUGACAUGGAUGAGGACAAUUCAGAUGAUAAUGUGGAACUGAAUGACGGCUUUGAGGACAACUCAGAUGAUAAUGUGAUAUCUGUACCUACCCCAAAAGGAGGAAUACGGAGAAAACAUCAUCGACCUUGGACUAUCGAUGAGGUUGUUAAGUUAGUUGAAGGUGUAGCCAGGUAUGGUGCUGGUAGAUGGUCUGAGAUAAAGCGGCUUGCUUUUGCUUCUUGCCCUUAUAGAACUUCGGUGGACCUGAAGGACAAGUGGAGAAAUCUGCUGAAAGCUAGUUUUGUGCAGUUGCCUGCAGAAAAAGGGAUGCUGAAUUCCCGGAAACAGGCUUCAGUUCCAAUCCCUGCUCCAAUUCUCUCGCGUGUGAGAGAGCUUGCUGAUAUGCAAGGUCAGUUCCAACCAAUUCUGAGUACCAGCAAGUCAAGUGGACAUAGUAGUGGUAGAAGUGUACAUGAAGCUAGGUCUGGAUACUUGUAGUUUCAACACCAGAGGUUUGUUUUUUGGAAUAAGCCUGAUGUUGAUGGGCUAACAACUUACUGGCCACUAUAUUUCAUGUGCUAGAUUACUUUUGUGUGAUUUUAACUUUCUGUACACAGAUUUUUCUUAAAGUUCUUAAAGUCGAUCAAUUUUAUUUUUUUGCCCA